UCCGUGUGACAAUAUGCCUGACAGUUUACUUUUGAGCGUUUUUGUCACAGUUUUGUGACUUUAAAAGAAAGUUAGACUACUUCUCAACUCUUUGGUGCGCAAAUAUGGAAGAGAAAAGUCUGAUUCUCGAGGGUUUGCCGGAUGAUUUUGACCGUGUGAAAUCAAAGGUUGAGCUUUAUUUUAAAAAUAAAAGAAGAUCUGGAGGAGAAAUCGAGCAGAUUCGAGAACACCAAGACGACAAACGAAAAGCACUUCUUAUUUAUAUGAGGGAAGAAGAUCUGAAGAAGGUGCUUGACAAAAGAAUCCAUAAAGUUGAUUUCAAAUCUAAGGGAACAGUUGAAGUGACAGUGAAACUACCAGAAGACACGAAAAGCAAAAAGAUCAAACCACAAGUUCUGCCAAAGCCCAAGCUGGAGAAAAGCGCUCUCCUCAAGUCACUGCCCGCUCCUGCAAACCAGGUCUCUGCAGUAGGACAGCCUGCAACAGAAAUUAAAGAUCAUAAAGGUUUGACUAUAAUGCUUUUACUUUUAGUGUUUAAAAAUAUUCACAGAUUUCAAAACAUUAACAAUAAGACCUUGGUCACAUGUAUAUAUUUGUUCAUAAUACAGACAAUGAGGAGGAUUCAGAAAUACCAGAUCUUCUAA